AGUGCUCCCACUGGGCUCGAUCAGGACGGAGGAGUGUGUCCCCCUGUAGAGCGCCUCCUGCUGUCCGCGGAUCUGUACUGCAGUGUGUUCUCCUCAUCCGCUCUGGCCGGUGUCACAGCGCCCCCUACAGGCCACGACUCUCUCCUGCAGCUGCUCGACCGCUACGCCCUGAUCCCGCUACACACACACCGGCAGGAGCCGGUCACUGCCGCGCAGCUGAGCCACACACCCAUCGACAUGGGGGCCCAUCUGGCCGUGAUUGAUGCGCUGAUGUCACUGAGCGCCAUGGAAACAGUGGGUCGGGUCAAGAUGUCGAAGGACACGGAUCAGUUCGGGGCCGACAAGAGCUGGGAGAACGCUCUGCUCUUCUGGAUCAACAAGGUCAAUCAGAAGCUGCGGGAAAACGCUGAUGUUGAAGAAAAUCCGAAAUCAAACCCCUGUACUGACCUGCAGCCUGCUUGUCCACAGCGCUGGUACUGGAAACUGGUUCCAAUCCGUUACAGGAAAGAUAAGGUUCAGUCUAAACAGACUCCGGUGUUCGUGGUGGUGUCGGGAGUGAAGGAUCUGUCCAACGGAUGCGCCAUUGCCGCUGCGCUUCACUUCUACUGCCCUCAGAUUCUGCCUCUGGAGGAUGUGUGUUUGAAGGACACCAUGUCCACGGCAGACAGUAUGUACAAUCUCCAGCUGAUCAGAGAGUUUUGUGAAAGUCACCUGAAGAGCUGCUGCCCCCUACAGGUGGAGGAUUUACUGUAUGCCCCGCCCACUUUACAGGUGAACAUUAUGUGCUUCCUUUCUGAGCUGUUUGCCGCCUUCGAAGUGGAUAAACCAGAUUUCGUCAAACCCACACACACACUGGACCUAACAGAUGCAUCUGAUCUGGUUGACUGCACGAGUCCGAUCAGUGGCAACAGUGGCUCCCCUUCUUUCCUUCUGAAGCAGUCGCUCCUGCCUCAGUCCCCCUCUGUGUCCGAUGGACGGGGUUGGAGCAAAAAGCAAAUUAGCCGCCCCCUCUCGGCCGUAUCCUUCAGCAUCCCAUUCCCACUGGACAGUGAUGUUGAUGUUGUAAUGGGCAACCCUCUCUACCGUUCCGUCAGCACGGACAGCCUCACUAGGGUAACCGACCCUGGCUCUUACACGCCCCCAGAGGAUCUGAGUAAGCUCAUUGGUCAGGCUCCUCUAGGAGAGUUGCCUACCAUAGAAGAAGGUUUACAAAUCAUUCAUUCUGGCCGGCCGGUACACAAUGAGCCUCGUAUGCGGCCAGAGGGGGCGCCGUCUGGCUUUUACCUCCACUCGCCUGAGGAGGGUGGAGCCAGACUGAGCAGCUCUGCCCCAUGCCGGACUGGGAUGAUGCAUCGACCAAUGGGAGGAUGGAUUAAUAGCAGCGGGAACCGAAAACGGCAACCUGUAGGUUCACAAGAACACAAUGGAGGUUUAGAGUGUGACACACCUGAAAACUCCCCCAAAACCUCCUCCAGUCCAGCCAACGGACCCAAGACUGGCCGCAUGACAAACUUUGCUGAACGCAGGAAGAUGAUGCCAGAAUCCCCAAGUAACUCCAGGUCCCAAGAGGUAGUGUCGUUGUGCAGCCCUGCAGAGAUGAGCCCUGUUGGGGCAGUGGAAGCGCAGGAACUGGGUGCACGUCUAGAGGAGAAACGCAAAGCAAUUGAAGCACAAAAGAGGCGGAUUGAGGCCAUCUUUACCAAGCACAGGCAGAGGCUGGGCAAAACUGCUUUCCUUCACCUCCAGAAGAAACAAGGGGAAGAAGUGGGAGACGACGGACAGUCCCUUACCCUGGAUGAACGACUGACACAAAUGGAGCAACAGCUUCAACGAGAGGAGGACAAAGAGAAGGAGGAGGAGAAGAGUAAACUGGAGGAGAAUAAGAAAGAAAAGGAUGGGGAACAGAAGAAGAACACCAGCGAUGUAGUAUCCCCGCCUAAACUGGAGAAACAGGUGACCUUCUCUGUUGAUACAAAGAAAGAGGUGGAGAAAGAGCCUCCGUUGGAGGAAUAUAAUGAGGCAGUAGCUAAGCUAAGCUCCACCCUACAGACCUUACAAAGGGACAUGCAGCUCCUUACAGAACAGCAGCAAAGGCUCAUGGGAAAGAAAACUCUGAGUUCUCCGAAAAACGCCUCUUCAAAUAAGACAACUGCCUCUAGUAAGGCCUGGGUCAUCCCAGCGGGUCCCAAAUCCCCUCAUCUUUCUAGAGACUCCACCCGUAUCAUUUCACCCUCUAGAUCUCCUUCACGCUCUGCACAACCUUCUGACACACCAAGAUCCCCUAAAAGCUCAGCAUCAUCUGCUCCACGGAGAUCCCAUGGAGCUACUCCUAAGAGCCCCAAACGUCAACGUCCCUCCCGCCCCACAGAACUCGGCUUCCAGCCUCUCACACGUGUCCUAACGCCCCCACGGAACGUGGACACGCUUCCCCAUCUGCGGCGAGUCUCUCCGAGUCAGUGUCAGGUGCAGACUUGCUCCUCACUGCGAUUCGGAGGUCCACGCACACCUCAGGACUCUCCGCUGCAAUCUACUCGGCCUCAAGAGAGCACAUCAGAAUCAGGCUCCAGCGAGCAUCACACCCCGAUCUUCACCCUGGAGCUUGAGGCUGGACCUCCGUCUGCGCUCCCAGCUGAACUCUUAGGCGGGGGGAGCAGUUCGGGAGCCCCGUCAGAGUGCUCAUUUGAAAGCGACAUGUUCCUGAGCAGCGCCCUGGUGAAAGAUGAAACAGAGGGUGCGGGGACAGUGGGAGACGACACAGAUCUGGAACAGGGUGCAGAAAUAUUCUCAUCGGAUUCCAUGAGUGACCAGACAGAGAAUGAGAGCAGGCUGGGACUCGAUGUGUUCUUCAAGGAGGAGGGUCUCUCGGAGGAGGAGAUGGCCCUGAAAAGGGCUCUGCUAUUUGAGCGGCAGCAAAGACGAGCGCAAGAGAUCAAGAAACGGACAAGAUACGGGCAAGAUCCUGAGAACAGUCAACAGGUUUCUGUGGAGGACCUACGACCCUCUCAAACUCCACCGCUUUCACAGUCACUACCCACCUCAUACACCCCGCCCCCUCCUUCAAAGGCCACGCCCCCAGGAACACCCCUGCGUCGGGGAGCGUUCACACGGGCAGAGUAUGAAAGGCGCCACCAGCUGAAGAUAAUGUCUGAUCUAGGGAAGGUUCUCAAACAGAAACCAGCUAAGCACAGUGGCAAAAAACAGCUCACACACAAACCGCACAACAACCAUGAGAUUACUCACACACGCUCGCCAGGGAAGAACAGAACAGUUGUAGCUAACCAGAAAGAUGGCGGAUCUCUACCAGCUGAAAAACCAGCAAGUCGUUCAGAGUCACCCUCAAAGGUGAUAUCAUCAGGGAAACAGGCCAAUCAGAAUGGAGAGAAAGACUGGGAACAAGCCUUAAAUGCCUCCUCUCCAGCCUCACUCCCAGAAUACACAGGUCCUAAAUUAUUCAAGGAACCCAGUUUUAAAUCCAACAAGUUCAUCGUUCACAGCGCGCUCUCACGCUGCUGCCUCGCCGGGAAGGUCAACGAAUCCCAGAAAAACAAGAUUGUAGAGGAGAUGGAGAAGAGCUCCGCCAGCCACUUUCUGAUUCUCAUGCGUGAUUCCAACUGUCAGUUCCGCGCCAUCUACACCCUCGACGGCCAAUCGGAGGAGCUGCAACGACUAUGUGGCGUCGGCCCGCGUGUCAUUUCCUCGUCGGCCGUGGAAGCCAUUUAUAAAUACAGCUCUGACAGGAAACAGUUCAAUACUCUUCCGUCUCGUACAUUGAGUAUGAGCGUCGACGCUUUCACUAUCCCCGCCCAUCUCUGGCACACUAAGAAACACGGCACGCCCAAAAAAGUAGCCACGCCCAAAUAGGCCACGCCCACCAAAAUAAACCACUCCCACUAUAAUAAAGACCUGUUCGCACCAGGAACAAUAAAUAUAACAUUAUAAGCAGUGUUGGGGAAAGUUACUUUGAAAAGUAAUGCAUUACAACAUUGCGUUACUCCCUUAAAAAGUAACUAAUCGCUUUACUUAGUUACUUUU